GCUGGGCUGCUGAGCCUGACCUUCAACAGACCUUUGGAGUUCUUCCACAUACAGACUAGAGAGGGGAUUUUUUUUUAUUGGAAACUAACUCAAGUUCACUUUAGAACCUCUUAUUUGGUGUAUACGUCUGGCUAUUUCACAGAGCUUUCAGUUUUGCAAAUAAGUUGGAGUUGAUUUCUUCGCUCGGAAAAAGUGCCGGUUGGUGGUGGUCCACAGGAGUCUUAAGAUAGACAUAAACAAGGGAAGUUUUUGCUGAGACUCACCCAAAGAAAACCCCAAAGGAGAAAUCUGAGAACUUCAUUUCAGGAUGAAGCUGCAAGAGCGAAGAAGUACUUUUAACACAAGCAAAGGCUGUCCAUUGACCAACAGAUGCAGGAGGAUUCUUCUCCCAACUUCUGCGGCCCCUGCCAUGGGAAUCUGGCUCCUUAGAGGGCAGCUUCUCCUGCUGCUGUUGUCUGGCCUGCAGAGACCCACGGGGAGUUCUGAGGUUGCAAUUAAAAUCGACUUUGAUUUGGCACCAGGUUCCUUUGAUGAUCAGUACCAAGGCUGCAGCCAAGAGGUCAUGGAGGCACUAAAUCAAGGAGAUUAUUUCACAAAAGAACUAAAAGCCAGUAGGAAUUAUUUCAAUGUCUGGCAGAAAGCCCACUUAACCUUGCUGAAUCAAGAAAAAGCUCUCCCCAAGAACAUGAAUAUCACACAGGCUGUGGCUGUUUUGCUUUAUUCAUCAAACGACAACGUUCGCUCAGACUUUGCUAGAGCCAUGGCCAGUGCUGCUAUGUCUCCAGAGCAGUAUGAACAUUCAUUCUGUUUCAAAUAUCUACACUACUACCUGACCACUGCAAUCCAGUUGCUGAGGGAAGACAUUGUCAGGAAGAAUGACUCUCUGUGUUAUGAGGUGCAUCAUGAGGUGAAGAAUGUCUCCUGGAAAGCCUACACAGGCGCCAUUAUUCGAUUUGGCCAAUUCCUCUCCACCUCCCUUCUAAGAGAAGAGGCACAGAAGUUUGGGAACGAAACUCUGUUUACCAUAUUUACCUGCCUGGGUGCACCUCUACAAGACUUCUCUCUCAAGAAGGUCCUGGUCCCUCCCUAUGAGUUGUUUAAAGUUGUAAAUAUGAGCUACCACCCAAGAGGAAAUUGGUUGCAGUUGCGAUCAACUGGGAACCAGAGCACAUAUAACUGUCAGCUACUAAAAGAUUCCAGCAUAAAGUGCAUCCCCGCUCCUGUAGUUAUUGCUUCUCUCUCCUUUUUGACAAGCAUCUUCAUCUCUUCCAAAUACAGAGCAUAAAAGUGGUUUCCUUUCUCUGUACCCUUUUACUUUAUUUCAGUCAAGUCACCCUCAGUACCAUUGGGAAUCCCUCUGCCCAGCUAUCAGUUGACCCAGAGCCAGCUCAGUUCAUUGUCUAUGAGUGGGCCUGUAACGCAGUAAUUUCUUCUCCACGAACACGGAGAUUCAUGCUGGAAUAAAAAAUGACCCAAUCAGAGCCUGUGAGAUACAAUCAUGGUAGUUUUUUGGAAUUUGGAUGGGAAGUGGGGUAGGUGCCCUUUUUGUGAGUGGAGAUUAAUGAGAGUAGAGUGAGUACGAGCCCACAGCUGCCAGCAGCUGUCUCUCCACCAGGAGGGGAGACUCUACCUCCUUGACAAUGAAGUUAACACAAUGAAGGAAGAGUUGAGAAAUAAAAAGAAACUGAGUCCUGAUGAGAGUAAAUGAACCCUAGAACCAACUGUGCCUGAAACUGGAUAUCCUGGGCUUUUUCAUUACAUAAAUUAAUAAAUCAUAUUUUUGCUUAAAUAAUUUAAAUUCAGUUUCUAUCUCAAGCAAUCGAAGGAGUUAUGAUGAACAUAAGGACUUUCCCUUAUUUUUUAUUUAGUGGUCCUAAAUAGGAACUAAUCAAAGAAGCUUGAGUUAGAAAGCAAAGAACAAACUCUUCAUCAAAUGGAAAAGCUUUGAGCUUCAGGGACAUAACGAAGGUAUGAAUUUUCUUCAGAGAUUUUUAUCAGCAUUCAAGACCAAACCAGUGACAUCUCAGAUGGGAGAAAACAUGGAAACUUGAGAAAUAAAAGGGAAAGUUAAUGAAAGAUGUCAGUGAAAUCUCAUUUAAUGCCAGUAACGGGGUGCUGCACACAUUGUUAAAAUAUUACAAAAGUUAAAAUUUAAAUUCACACGUUAAUUUACAGAGGACUUCAUGGCAAACUGGAUUUUAAGCCUUCAUUGUAAAUUUAAGUACAUUUAUUAGGAAAGUAUGUGGAUGUGUAUAGAGAUAAAAGAAAAGAUACAGGAGAAAAAAAACAUCUGAUGACCAAGAAAAGAUCAAAGAUCUACUGGCUUCCCAUUAUGUUCAAACACUUAGGCAAAAAGAACUACAAUCACCAAACUUCACAACAGGGAACGUUCUCCAACUCUUCUCUGAGGUUGCAUACAUCAUAGGUGGGGCAUUGGGGGGUUGUCUUACAUGAGCUCAAGGUCCUAGGAUUGGGCUAACUGGAGUGAAGCUGAGGGCUAGCUCUAUACCUUUGAAUUCUGGAAAUCCAUGCUACUUACCCCUCUGAGAUUUGGAUAAGAAUAAACGAAAGUGGAAAUCGGCUCAUUUAACCCCACUUGGACUCCCAGAAGGCCCUGGUCAUAAUAGAAGAGACUCAACCGGGAAUUAACUACAUAAAAUCACCUGGUAGAGAAUUCAGGCAUCUAGUGCUAUCAUUCUUUACAUGGGGAUUUUGAGAAUAACAGGGCCAAGUGCACCUCUGUCACCUAGCUUGCAUUGGCCUCUACAUCUAAUAAAGCAAGCACAAAAUUUUCAUACACAAGAACAGUUUCUGUGAUUCAUUGCACAGGGACUUUGGCAGGCUAGUGGCUACCUAGGAGAGAGUCCUGGGGGCAUGGCUCCAGGAACGAGCUGAGCAGCAAGCCUUGGUGAGGCAGUGGUGAAAUGAGUUAGGAAAUCAUCCUCACGUCUUGCAUAUAUUUUUUCUGUGCCAUGUCAAUGCAUUUAUUGAGCCAUAUUAUGUACAAAGCACUCUGGGGAUUAAAAGUCGAAUAAACUAGGCCAGAUCUUUCAUAAGUUUACGAUCUCUUGGGAAAAAUUAAGAAAAGAACACAAACGAGUCACAAAAGAAAUACCAAAAGAAAGGAGAAAACCAAGUCUUCCACGCGUGAGAGUUCAGAAAAGAGAUUUCUUCUAACUGAGGAAGAGAAGCGAGGAAGGCUUCAAGACGGAGGCAGCAUUUGAGCGAGGCCUUGGAACAUCGGGGUGGGAGCCAGGGGUGAGAGGAAGGACAGGUACGUAUCAAGUGCUUAGCACUAAAAAUGAGUACAAAUAAAUGCUUUAGAGAAAACUGAGAUUCCUCUGGUCUGUAGGUGGAUCCAG